UUUCGCAACCCUCUGCAUGAUCCAAGAGUGUACGAAGGAGCACCUUUAGGUAUCCACGUAACUACUGUCGUCGCAUAUGAUCCCGGGAGAAAACCCGUUAUGUAUAAUUUGCUGGAUGUGAGGGACCACACCUACUUCAGCAUGGACGCAUCAUCGGGUAACAUUUCAACAGCAAAGACCAUUGAUAAGAAAGUUGGAGACACUUAUGAGAUCAUAGCAGUAGCCAUUAGUCAAGGAGAGACUAAACUUCGUCAGCUGCAGAUCACUGUCACCGAAUUCAAUGUUCAUCCUCCUGUAUUCGAACACGAUGUCUACAGAGGAGAGCUGCAUGUGAGGGCCAAAGUAGGGUCAACCGUUCUUCGCGUUCGAGCUUUGGACAAGGACCCAAUCCCGUACAAUUCAGAAGUUUACUACAAAUUAGAUGAUCCUGAGGAUCCUAGAGGACGAUUCAGUAUUGAUGCAAAGACUGGAGUAGUGACACUGGCUCGAUCCUUAGAGACGGGCACUUCAGAACCUGUGGUGGAGUUAGGGGUUACGGCCCUUGAUGGUGGCUCGCCAAAACGCAGUGAUUAUGCGAGAAUAGAAGUAUUGAUCAAAACUAUUUCAGAACCUCGUGAUGUCCGUUCUGCCAAUGCUACGGGAUCCACUGUUCAAGUAUGCUGGACACGACCUGAGUAUGGACAAGUUCUCGGGUACAUCAUAAAAUAUCGGGAGGUCGAAAAUCCUCACGGAGCGCCUUCUUUCUUAAACAUCACUUCCGAUGCCACUUCCAAAUGUUCAACUCUUGUGGAACUCAAGCCAUGGACUGAUUAUGAAUUCCGAAUUUACGGGUGGAACCGUUUCGAAACCGGCCAAGGAAGCACUGUAGGCCGUUUUGGGACUAGACCUGACUAUUGCCAAAUGAAUAUAUGUCAACAUGGAGAAUGCCACGUACUUAACGAAGAACCAGGUUACCACUGCGACUGCGUGACGGGUUACUUCGGAGAAGUGUGCGACAAGUUUGAUCCCUGCUCCUUGAGUCCUUGCGAAAACUUUGGCAUUUGUCGAAACAUCUCCAGCAACAAGUAUCGCUGCGAUUGUCUGUCCGGCUUCUCGGGAAUGAAUUGCAGCGAUUUCAACCCCUGCGCCCUUCGCCCUUCCCCUUGCCAACAUGGUGGUCGUUGCGAGAGCACGGCCAGCCAUAAAUAUCAAUGUUAUUGCACGAAGGGAUAUUACGGCAAGACGUGCCAGUUUUUCGACCCUUGUUCCUUAGACCCUUGCCAGAAUGGGGGGAAGUGCCAGAACGCUUCUCAGGUGGAUUACGUGUGUAAGUGCGUCCCUGGAUUCACCGGAAAACAAUGUGAAAUUGAUAUCGAUGAGUGUGCCUCUUCCCCAUGCAAACACGGUGCUACUUGUCGUGAUGGAAUCAAUGCAUUUCACUGUCGCUGUUCGCCUGGUUAUAGAGGAAAACGUUGUCAUUUAGUUGAACACUGCCCUCCUCAAACGAUCCACACCAACAAAGGAGUGUUCCGCUGGAACUCCACUUCCCACGGGAGGGCCCAUCUGAUCGAGUGCCCAUUUGGCUCCAUAUUCCCGGAUCGAGAAUCGGCAACGGGGUUUGCCAAGAGGCGCUGCUAUCUGCUGUCCAACGGUUCGGUCGCUUGGGGACGUCCGGACCUGUCCAGUUGCAGGGAAGAGGGUUUUAAGAACGCUGAAGAUCUGACUGGAGAGUUGUGGAUGUUGACAGAAGAUCCUAAGCAUUUAAAUGUGGAACGCUUACAAGAAGCCACAAAGCAAAUUGAAGGAGUUAUUGAAUAUGCGAUUUACGAUAAAAAGAUUGCCCAUAAUAUGCUGUCCAUUGUGAGCAACAUGUUAGCAAUAAAUGAGUCGCUUCUGAGGAUAGGAGACAUGAAUGGUACUACUGCCAAUCGAGUAACGGAUCUAGUGGAUAAAUUUGCUUCAGAAGUGAAAUUGGAAAGAGGCGAAAGCCUUACCUUAGAGACAGAAAAUCUCGUCGUAAAAGCAGUUUCAUGGGACCCAGAAACCAGCGACCUUGUAGACGACGACUUAACAUUUUCCGUCCACUACCAGGCACGUCAGAGGCGAGAAUACUCGGGAAAAGGACGUUACAGACCUCUUCCCCCGUCCCAGACCUUCUGGGAUGAAAUGCAGGACCAAAGCACGACGUCGUUCUAUAACGAUGCGGAGUUAACUAUUCCUAUCGAAGCACUGCUGAUGGCACAGAAUCAAACGGUACAAGAACUGAGAAUUAAAUUUGUCGCUUACAAAAAUGACAAGUUUUUUAGAGAAAAGCCUACCGCCAGAUGGCGUCAGUGCGAAGGAGGCGAUGGUUAUCGAAGCAGGUACAAUUGUUUGCAAACGGAGACGACGGGAUUUCCCGGACGCCGCGUCCUCCAAGCUAGUAUAUCCAACGCAACAGUUACUAACCUAUCCGAUCCUGUGGUAUAUGUACUACCUUCGCCUUUGAAUGUUCGAGUGUUCUGCGCUUAUUGGAAGGAACACGAACGAAUAUGGUCAACGGAUGGACUGAUCACUAAUCAAAGUGGGAAUUCCACAGCUUGCUUUUCGUCUCAUUUGACAUCUUUCUCAUUAUUACUCGAUCCAACGCCAAAUGAGGGAAUUUCACAAGACCAUCUUUUCACACUCUCAGUAAUAUCUUAUAUUGGUUGUGGCCUCUCAAUGCUUGGACUUGUUCUGACUAUCUUAACUUAUUCUAUGUUUAGAUGCCUGAAUCGUGACCAUCCAGGUCAAAUUUUGAUCCAUCUGUGUAUUUCGAUGUUACUGAUGAAUGCUGUUUUCGUGAUUGGAUCUCAGAGAGGUCGUGCUCUAGGAGGAAUCGAUGUAUGCGUUACGGUUGCAGUUCUCAUCCACUAUUUCCUGCUCUCCACCUUAACAUGGAUGUGUGUUGAGGCAAUUAACAUGUAUCAGUUACUGAUACAUGUCUUCGCAUCUUCUGAGUCCCAUUUCAUGCUGAAAAGAGCUAUUUUAGCAUGGGGUAUUCCAUUUAUAAUUGUCGGAGUAACUGUAUUGAUGGACUGGGAAGUAUACUACAACCAAAAUGAGUACUGCAUGUUAUCAGCUGCGAACCCAUAUGUGUAUUAUAUAAGCUUUCUUGGGCCAUCGUGCCUCAUCUUGUUUGUGAAUCUGACCGUUUUUCUGAUGGUUACGAGGGUCCUCUUCACCCCCCGAAACGUAUCAUCCAAGAAACCACCCCAGUGCAGCAAGAAAGAAAAAUUUCUGGUUACUACAGCGCAAGUUCGGGGUGCCUUCACUGUCAUGGUUCUCUUGGGUGUAUCUUGGGUUUUCGGUGCAUUUGCAGUCGGCGAAGCAAGACUCGUAUUUCAAUACAUUUUCUGUGUGGCCAAUUCUCUCCAAGGAUUUCUUAUAUUCCUCGUCAGGUGCUUGCAGUAUCCUGAAGCAAGAAGUGCAUGGUACCAGCUUCUAAAAACUGGAACGUUCAAAAAAUACCGUGGAAUGGUGCCUCCAGGAAGUUGGUCUGGAAAUUCAAACUCAGGACACAACAAGCAGAAUGGCCACUCUACUACCACUCGUUUGGGCAGCACUGAUGUCACUGCCACUGGAGCUUUCAACACAAAUGCCUUCUGGGGACAUGAAAAAGGACCUGGAGUCGUUGAUGUCACGGCCACCGUGAAAGGCGAUUGUUGCGACGUUGGAUACGACGAUCCCGUACCCAUACCCUCCGAUAUAGUUUUGGAUUAUUCCACUGUCACCAGAGGAUCAGGCCAGCUUCUUACCUUCAGCAGCAGCGGGAACACCUUAAAAAGUACUGCCAGCAAGGAAGAUAAAGCCAGAAGAGCUUCGAAAAACAAGAGUAUCAGCAGGUCUAACUCUGAAUCAUCUCAAGACCAGUCUAAAACCGGAAGCGACCAUCCACAACCAGAUAUCACUAGCAGCCAUUAUACCUUUGGCCUAAGUCCAUCUGUUGUUGUUGAAACUACAGAUAGUGACAAUGAAGAGAAAAGAUCCUUUCGCGAAGCAAUGAACAAUGAAAUCGAAACCGACGUUUGUUCAUCCAAAGACACUCAGCUGAGCUCUUUGCCAGCUGAGCCAAAGAGCAGAAGCUCAUACGGAUCGUCUAUUGGCUACAUAGAUGAAGAAGCAGAACAUCGAGAUAAAAUUGCGGCUAAUACUCUGGACCGCAAAAUUUUCGCCUCAAAAGCAUCUAGCAUGUUUGGGCACGUAAAAUCCGACUCUCCACCCGAAUUAGAUAAGCAGAAUUCUUGGCCCAGAACCCUUAGUUCAUUCUUGGGUGGAAAAGAGCCUCUAAAGUUUACGAUAUCCGAUGCCAAUAGCGGUGUUCAACAACUGUCCAAACGUGGUCAAAGCAUUGGUGAAUGUCAGGAUCGGCAUUCAUGCCAAAUCAUACCCCUUCAAGUCCGACCAUCUACACCUUCCGUCAUGCCUACAUUCUCCCCGUCCCUGAGAGAUAGCGAAUUCUCUCGUCUCAGUCCUGGUGUUCACUCUCCCUUCAGCGACACAGCCUCACUACCGGACCGUUCCUCCGGGCACCUCCCACACCAUCAUCUCCACCACCAUCACCAUCAUCUCAUACCGGAGAGGUAUGUUCCCGUGCAGGCCCCGCCCACAAACCGAACGUGGCGUACAUCAUCCUUGGAUAGCGAUGAAGUCGUUGAAGAGAGUGAUGUCUCCAUAUCGGGACCGGCUACGCACGUGUUUGUUCCCCAGUCACCUUUGGACAAUCACCACAGCGACGUCACUGGAAGUGAAGUUACUCCUCCGGACCAAGAGACGUUCAGGAUCUGGGAGAGGCAAGGACUAGUGUCGCCUAGCGAAGCCAUGUUCAUAGAAUCUGCCGCCUCCAGAUUAUGAACUCCUGAAACUGUACGUGUGAUAUAUCUCCCAAACACAUUGUGAUUUGCUUUCAGAAGGAAGUUUCCUAAAACCAUUGUGCAUGAUUUUGUAGCUGCUUUAGUUUUCCCUUAGUGUGGUGUGUCGAAGGAGUUAGGUAGUCUUUUCUAUUCUGAUUUUUCAAAUAAAUGAUAUUUAAUUUUUUCCUUUCUUUGAUAUUUCCAUUUUAUACGAAUUAUUUCAUCUAGCUAUUCAUAACAUAUUUUCAACAUUUGACUAUUGUUAUCAUAUGUAUUGGCAUGAUUUUAGGAAACUAACCUUCAAUGAAUGUUCCCGUGAGUUCGGAAAGUCAUUCAUACUGUAAAAACGUAUCCAGUAAUACUGUAAACUGUAUCAGAUUUAUUCUGUAUGCUUCAAAUAAAAAAAAAUAAAAGCAAAGAAUUCAGAAUCCCAUAAAAGCACUGAUGCGUCUGCAGCUAUUUCAGUAAUAAAAUGUAGUAUCAUUGCUAUAAAAUUAGCGUAUCUUUUCCAAGAACUAAGGACAAUUUUACGCAUAAAAGAUACUCAGAGAAGCAUUAACGGUUAAAAUAUUAAUAAAGUAAAUUUCAGAUACAUCUGAAAUUAAGGUUAAAAAAGUCUUCAGAAAGAAUUCGUUCCACCUUGGUAAGGAAAGUUCAAAUGCGAAAUAUACUUUUUAUGUUAAAGGCACUUUUUGCUGUUUAUUAUAUGAUCCUAUUCUUUUUCAACAAUAUUAAUUUUACCUAAUAUUAUUCAAUAAUUUUACUGGUGAUAAUUACAUUAAUUUAUUUUAAUACUUAUUAUACAUAUGUUCAGAGCUGAAUGCAUCGCAAAAGCUGCUUAAAUCAGUUGAACUUGUAUUCAGAAUUUUCAUAUUUAUAUCAAAUUUGUAUCACUGGUUAUGAAUACUUGAAGACUUGAAUAUUUUCUUCCUUGAGCUCACGGAAACUAACCUAUUAAUUAGAGCAAAAUUUCAGUGUAAUGAAAUCUACAGAAACAGUGACCAAAAUAAUCAUAUGUGCAUACUUUCCGUGCAGAUUAUCUGUUAUAUAUCUUAUCAUUCAUAGGCCGAAUUGGAAGAAUGGUGGUUUGUAAUAUGUCUUCGUGCCUAUUUCCCGAUUUUGUGCUAAGAGCGCAGUUUUAUGCACUGAAGCAAAUUCGGAUUCCUUUGGAACUAACACUUGGUGCACACCAGAAUCGCAUUUUUCAAGUGAUACGAGAGAAUGUUUAGAUUUGUACUACUCCCGGAAAAGCCUGACUUUUUUCCUGAACUACUAAGUUAGGUCUAGCAGUAUUCUUUGAAAGAGCUUCAGAAUGUUACCAAUUAUCUUGUUCCGUCGAUUGGUUUCAUAACGCAAGCGAAUGAGUGAGAAAUAAUAUUUCAGUUCGGCCCUUAAUACCAUUGCGUUUUUACCUACUUCGGAGUUAAAUCGUCGUUUUCUUCAACCGUACAAUUGUCUUUGCCAUUGUAUAAAAUUGCACGUGCAUUGUUGCUCUAGCAUUAUAGUCGAGUUAUCAUUUCAACUUGAGAUGCAGUUACUAAUUGUUUCUGCUAUAUGUAUACGAAAGAACUGUAGCAUGGAAGAUUGUGAUUUUGAUUUAGUGAUGUGUCGGAUGUUAACGCCCAUACCAAAAAUAAAACUGAAAGUGCCCUAAUGGAUUGCGUUUCUUCUUUUCAAUAUAUAUUUCUUAUUACUUUUAUAUCAAUGACUAUGUUGUGUGUUGGAUUGUGUGUAUAACUAUAACUACUCAUCUACUAUAAAUAAGCUGCCAAAUGCUAAGCUUCCAAGGAGAGAUCGUGGACUCUUAAAAGUCGACUAAAUAUGCUUCAAUUAACUGAAAUUUUAUUUUAUUGCAAUGUAGGCACCGUCUUUGUAAAAAUGCCAAUAUUUUAAUCCUGUCUUUUAAACCAAAGUUGAAGCUUAGAUACAAACUUAAUAAUUUCUUUUCAAAUAUUAUAAAUUUGUAAACAUUUUUGGUACGGUUAAAAAUGUUUUUGAGGCUUUUGUUUUUAAUAUGUUUCAGAGUUAAGAAUAUGAAAUAGCAGUUUUAAACAAGUUUUAUAUUAAUUCAGAAAGUCAAAAAAAAUAUUCUUUCGUGCAUUAAUAGAAGCGCAAGUAGUUUAAAACGCACAGAAAAGUUGGAAAUCUCUCUUUGUAGUUAAAAACUCCUAACAUAUUAUAAACCAAAGACUGCUAAAAGUUUUUAGAAAACGUUUCGACCAAUAAAUGUACAUUACAUUUAUGCCGUAUUGCACAUAAAAUAUGCAUCAAUAUAAAAUGCUUGAAAUGUAGGCAUUGAAGUAAAAUUUUAAUAUUUAAUGAUUUUAAACCUAUAUCAAGUUUAUUUAAUUUAAACACAGCAAAAAUAAUUUUAGAGUUUACUGUAAUAAAUUAAUGAAUCUUAGCUAUUUUUUUCCUUUCGUUUACUGAUCAUACGAAAGUACCAUGUUAAGCCUUUUUAAGCAUCACUAAAAUUUUCAUCCACUAAAUUUCAUCCAAAAAUAUUUUCACUUUCAUCCACAAAUAUUUUAAGGAAAUUUCUUUAUGACAUUUUAUUUCUGGAUCUUCAUCCGCAGAUCCUUCAAAUGCAUUCAUAACUUCUUAAUUCAAUCUUGUAAAAAUACAAUAUGUAAUUUCAGUUUUCCCUUAUUUGUCAAUUGAUUUUAUUCUAAGAAUGCAUUCAUAACUUUUUAAUUCAAUCUUGUAAAAAUACAAUAUGUAAUUUCAGUUUUCCCUUAUUUGUCAAUUGAUUUUAUUCUAAGAAUGCAUUCAUAACUUUUUAAUUCAAUCUUGUAAAAAUGCAAUAUGUAAUUUCAGUUUUCCCUCAUUUGUCAAUUGAUUUUAUUCUAAGGUAUUCAGUCAGAAUUUAAAUUUGAAAUUUUAAUUUUAGCUGAAAUUUUUCCUCAUCCCCGGCAUGCAGUUUCAUAAAAGAGAAACAUGAAACAUUACGUAAAUAAAACGAAUAAGGCAAGCUGUAUUUUCUCCCUAAUACCAGAUUUUUAUAAUAACAUUAUUGUUAGAAAAAUGAAUAAAAUUAUAUUUUAAACUUAGAAUUUCUUAAUGCAAAAAAGCUGUGGUUUUCUCUAAAAUUAAAUUGAAGUUAUCAAGUAUAGACUUAUUUUCAUGAAAAUCAUACUUUGCUACAAUAAUUCGGCAUAUGUUAUUUAGAAUUCGGAGCACUCCUAGACAAGCAGGCACAUUUGGUAGCUUUCUACAAUUGCGUAUGUAAUAGCUGUUUAACAUGUUUCUUUACAGUGUGUGAUUACUAUAUACACAAAAUGGAAUUAUCUAAUAAAUCUGUACAUUUGCAUCAUAUACGAGAUCUUAUCGUAUUUGUUAGCAUGUGAAGUAAUAAUUCUUCAGAAAAUAUUCAUGUUUUUCAUGUGAGAGCAAAUGAGUCAUUUAUUACCUCAAAAGUGAUAUACAAGAGUACGUAGUUGUGAGAAAUCCUUGUGUUUGUUCGAGGAAGCCCAGCUUUCACUUUUUGUUUUGUUCUGUAUUUUACCUAACUGUUAAACCAUGUUCUUACGAUCUGAACCGAAGAUAUUCUGUCUUAUGUUCGACAGUUAUUUGUUGUUUUUUGUCUAGUGAGUGUCAAUGUAAAAAAAGUUAAAAUAAAAAUUAGAAAUAUGUAUUUGUAAGCUAUGAAAUGAGUUUUGAAAAUAAAGAAUAUAAAGCACUG